CACUUACCAUAUAGGUCUUCAGGAUCGCAUACACGUCCCUUGCACGGAUUUGCCAAUACAUACAUGACAUCUCGAGGGUCUCAAUUGUUUUUUCUUAUAAAUCAGCCAUAUAAAGGAUGAAAUUACUAUUUUACCCUCACCACUGACGGUCAAACAUAGUCAAAUCAACAGAAGUUGGGUCGAGGGAUUCGUAUGGCAGCACUUUUCAUCUUACGAGGUCUCAAGAAGAAAAAAAAUCUUUUGGGAGCUCAACAUGCUUUCAGCUGGAAAGUUCUGGGACGCAAAUUGUCGAGAACCCCAGAAUAAACUUUUUGGUGCAUCGAAUGGCUGAAUCACGCCUACAAGUCGAUUCAGAUCUUGCUCCACCCACCAAUCCAAUAAACAAUGGCAAGAGAGGUGCAGAGGAGGUCGUUGAGCCUCAAGUUGUGGGUAACAAGAAGCAUAAGAAAACGGAGGGACAGAACGAGGUUGAAAGACCUCCAGCAACUACACAAGAUGAUGCCAAAAGAGUUAGUAUCUCUAAUGAGUACAAGGAAAAAGACAAAGAUGAUUGUUCUACACAGGACCGCCAAAUCCCAAAUAGAAGAAAUGCUCUCAAACAGAAAAGUGAGUUGUUACUUGAUCAUCCGACAAGGCUUGAUUUGGCAACAGAACACAAUCCUACUCGUGACACGGGAUCAAAAACUUUGUUUCUUGGCAAUUUAAGUUUUUUAAUUGAAGAAGACGAUGUAAGGGAUUUCUUCAAAAAUGUUGGCGAAAUUGCUGACAUCCGAUUUGCCAUUAAAGAUGACCGAUUCUUGGGCUAUGGCCACAUUGAGUUCGCCACUGCUGAAGCAGCUCAAGAGGCUCUCAAACUAAACAAGGAGGUUCUACUAGGUCGGCGAGUUGCACUUGAGUAUACAAGGCGACAACGAGGUGCGUACACACCGGGUAACAGCAUGGACAAGUCUAACCAAAGGGGUGGUGGUCAUGCUCAAGCAAAAACGGUAUAUGUUCGAGGAUUUGAAUCUAGGGACGGUUUUGACAAUAUUCAGAGUAGACUUGAAAAGCAUUUUGACAAGUGUGGAGAGAUUUCACGUGUGUACAUACAGAAAGAUCACGUGUCUGGGGCUCCUACAGGAGUUGCUUUUAUUGAGUUUACAGACAGGAAUGGGUUCUGUCAAGCUUUGGGGCUUGAUGGAUCUGAAGUUGGAGGCAGCAGGCUAACUGUAGAAGAAGCCAAAAAGCAAAGAGGCGAUGGCUGGAGUGGCAUCUAUGUUAGAGAAAGUGGGUGUGGUGGUGGUCGGAGUGCCUCUGCUGGCAACUAUGAUAGAGAAACUGGGUCUCGUGGUGGCUCUGCUGGCAGCCAUGUUAGGGAAAGUGGGUCUGGUGGUGGUCGGAAUGGCUCUCAUGGUGGUUGGAGUGGCUCUGCUGGUAGCUAUGCUAGUGAUAGUGGGUCUGUUGGUGGCUGGAGUGGCUCUGGUGGUGGAUGGAGUGGCUGUGCUGGCAGCUAUGGUCGAGAAAGUGUGUCUGGGGGGAGCUAUGGUCGAGAAAGUGGGUCUGGUGGCAACUAUGGUCGAGAACGUGGGUCUCGUGGUGGCUGGUGGCGUAGAGAAAGUGGCUAUGGUAGCAGAUUGUGUAUGGAAAGUGGUUAUGGCAGCGUCUCACAUACCGAAAGUGGCUCUGGUGGCGGUUGGCGUAGGGAGAGUGGCUAUGGUCGUGGUGGACGGGGAUGGGAAAGUGGAAAUGGUUAUGGUGGCUGGGGUCGAGGAAGCAGCAGCAGGUCUAAUGAUUGUGGGUUUAGCAGUAGCGGUGGCGGUAGAGUUAGCAGCCACCGAGUGGGCAGCAGAAGAGGUGGCCUGCCAUGAACAAGCAGUUAAGUUUUCCUCAAUUUUCUUCAUCAUGGCAAAGGCUCCAUAAUAUCUCCGGUGGGUAUUACUUUUUUUUUUUUUUUGUUUAAGUUGCUACUAUCAUCUGCAUGUAUGACUGCAAACAAAUUCAACCUUUUCAUGAUGCAUAUCUUUUCAUAUAAUUUGAUUCUCUUGUUUUUUUGUGGUU